AUGCGCUGUUUCGAUGAGAAAGGCCUCACGUUCGCAGACGAAGACCUUGCUGGAGUAUACGAAAGUCGCUGUGUGAUUUGCGCCAUCGCGAUCCCUGAAGAGGUAGCGGCUUACGCGCGAAAUGGAGGCUCUGGGUCAUGCGCUGGACUUGAGAGAAGGGGAGCACGUCGAGAAGAUAAUAACGUGGGCGACAGCAGCACACGAGGGAUACAAAGGACAACAGGAGUUAUGGCAGAUUUUCCAUCAAGAAAUUACUUACCUUAUAAUUAAUAUGAUCUUGUUCUGUACUGUCAUUUCAGUAGUUGGAGAAAGUAGUAAGUGACAGUGACAACAAGGGCAACUCCUCUCUCUUUAUGUCACUUAUAAUCAAGAAGAAUGAGUGUCAAUGUUGAUCUUCUUCGUCUUACUUCAAGUUCAAGACCUUACUCGGUUGUUGAGUGCAAGAAUGAAAGGCGGGUCAGCACGACAGAAGAUACUAGAAGUACUACGAGGCAGCUGCUGCUCUAAAGCAAGCAGUAUCGUGGGAAAUUUUCAUUGGUCCAGUUUCGCGAGUAGUACUAGAGCAGGCAGAGAUGGAGCGGCAGGCGG